AUGUGGCUGUUCCUUUGGUUGAACGGUCUUCUGGCGGCUUCAGUCAUAAAUGGUCAAUUUGAUGAGUCUGCGCCAUGCUUCUGUAAAAUCGGCGAAGCGGUCGAAUCGUGUCGUUGCGAUGAGCCCAACAUUGACCAACUAAAUAACGUCGAAAUUUAUGACAAGCUUCAGAAACUUCUCAAACGGGAUUUCUUCCGCUUCUAUAGGGUCAACAUGGACAAACCAUGUCCCUUUUGGGCGGAUGAGAGGCAGUGCGGAUCGAGUCAAUGUGGUAUCGCAUUCUGCGACGAUGAAGUGCCGGCCGGCUUACGACGGCCGGCCGUUGUGACAACGGUGCGUCUGCCUGGCUACGAAAUCACCGUGUCCGACAGUAAUCACACGGAUGAUUCAUCAUCACAACGUCGUCGAAACCACACCACCCGCAACAUCGUCAGCACUUCGCCGCUUCAGGAUUGCUCGAGCGCCGGACAUGAAAGCAAUAAAUUCGAUCCUAUGGAUAGAAGUCUCGAUGAGGGCUAUCCUGAGCAACUUCGAGAAAUGGAUAUACAUGAUGAUCAGGAGAAUAAGUUUUGCGAAAACCCUGAGAGGUACACGGGGUACAAGGGAGAUUCAGCCAUCCGUGUAUGGAAAAGCAUUUAUCAAGAGAAUUGUUUCAAGCCCGACAUGAAGUUCGACAAAAACUUCCUGAUGCAUCCUGACAAUUUUGGGUUGUGCUUGGAGAAGAGAGUUUUCUAUAGACUCAUAUCGGGGUUCCAUUCUGCGAUCACAAUCUCAAUAGCCGCGUAUAACUACAAACCCGCUCCCGCUGGAUUUGGAGUAGGAACAUGGUUCCGCAAUACCGAGAUGUUCGCGGGAAGAUUUGGGACGAAAUGGAGCUGGGAAGGGACCUCAGCGAAUGUAUAUUUUGUGUUCCUGCUAGAGUUGCGUGCUUUACUGAAAGUAGGACCUUAUCUUCAACACGAGCUAUUUUACACAGGAAAUGAGCAGGAAGACAUAGAAACCCGUGUUGCGAUCGAUGAGUUGCUAGACAUAAUUCGACAAGGUGUUGAAGCGCAUGCUCGCGAACUGCGGGAGGAAUUUAGAUCGCAUUUCCUCAAUAUUUCACGAAUAAUGGACUGCGUUGGUUGCGAUAAAUGCCGACUGUGGGGAAAAGUUCAAAUUCAUGGCAUGGGUACCGCAUUGAAAAUUCUUUUCUCAGAUCUCCCACAUUCUCAUUAUAGAACAAAUUCAGAAGGAUCGACAAUCAGUGCUCCUUUCCAAUUAACUCGGAAUGAAGUGGUUUCUUUGUUCCAAAGUCUUGGAAGAUACUCGUCAAGCAUAAAAGAGAUAGAUGAAUUCCGGAAAGAAAUGCUGGUUGGAUAUCGUGGUAUAGAUGAGUUAUGA